AUGGAAUGGAAAAUGAUUCCACCUGCUUCUCCCCACUUUGGUGGUAUGUGGGAGUCAGGGAUAGUGUCCAUAAAAUUUCAUUUGAAAAGAAUGAUAGGAGAAACAAAGUUAACAUUUGAGGAAUUAACUACUUUGCUGACUCAAAUUGAAGCUGAGUUAAAUUCACGCUCCUUAUCUAAAACUAAUCACAAUGAUGUAGCUAAUUUAGAUGCUUUGAUUCCAUCACAUUUUUUUUUAACUGGGGAUGUUAUUACUAGCAUCCCAGAACAGGAUUUUUCUAAUAUUUCCAAACCCACUUUAUUAAAACGAUUUGAAUUAUUACAGCAAAUGAAACAAGGCUUUUGGAAGAGAUAUUAUAAGGAGUAUUUAAAUUCCUUACAACAAAGAUAUAAAUGGAAGAAACAACUUCCAAAUUUGUCCGUAGGUGAUAUUGUAUUAAUUAAGAAAGAUGGUAAUGUUAGAGUUGUUACAGUAAAAGCUGUUAAUGGUUAUUUUUAA